AUGGGCACGUCAUUCGAACCUUGGUGGAGCUCUGAAGACAUUGAUGAGGGGGUUCGGGCGGGAACGGUUCGCUAUGGAAGACUCCACGUACCGGCUUUCGAGACGAAUCAAGCUUUCGUUGAUCUUGAUCCCGACGAGGAAGGUCGGAGAAUUCGCGUGAAAGUGCCUGGGUUUAUCGCGAGAAAUCGCGCUGUGCAUGGAGAUCGCGUUGCGGCCCGUCUUAUGUGGAAGGCAUAUAAGCGGGAAAGUAGCAGUAGUGACAGCACUGAGGAAGAUGAAGUGGCUGCAGUGGGCUGCAUAGAGGAUGCCAGGGCCCGAGUGGUGGCGGUAGGGGCGAAAGCCUUCUUGAGAGGUGGCCGAUUUGUUAUCGUCGUGUGA